GCUGUUUGUUGACUUCCGGGAACGCGGGUGUAGUUGAUGCCCCUAGAGUCGCCAUGGGGGCCCAGUGGGCUUCCGGGGCCCGUGUCAGGGCUGAGGCGCUGCCAUAGGCCCCACCGACUCGCCCCCACCGCUUUCCGGGCCCAGGCGCAGGAUCCUGAUAGCGCCCUCGUCAUGGGGGAACCUGAGGAGAUGGUGCCCGAAUCAGGUGCUGUGUUUACGUUUGGAAAAACUAAAUUUGCCGAAAACAUUGCUAGCAAAUUCUGGUUUAAAAAUGAUAUACCUGUAUCUCUUUCCUGUGGAGAUGAACAUACUGCUAUUAUUACAGGAAAUAAUAAACUUUUCAUGUUUGGCAGUAACAACUGGGGCCAGUUAGGAUUAGGAUCAAAAUCAACUGUUGAGAAGCCAACAUGUGUCAAAGCUUUAAAACCAGAAAAAGUGAAAUUUGCUGCCUGUGGAAGAAACCAUACCCUAAUUUCAACAGAAGGAGGCAAAGUUUAUGCAGCUGGAGGAAAUAAUGAAGGACAGCUGGGACUUGGUGACACUGAAGAGAGAAACACUUUUCAUGUAAUUAAUUUUUUUACAUCCCAGCAUAAGAUUAAACAACUCUCUGCUGGGUCUAACACUUCAGCUGCACUGACUGAGGACGGAGAGCUUUUUAUGUGGGGUGACAAUUCUGAAGGGCAAAUUGGUUUACAAAAUAUGACUAGUAUAUGUGUCCCUCAUCAAGUGACCAUUGGAAAACCUAUCUCCUGGAUCUCUUGUGGAUAUUACCAUUCAGCUUUUGUAACAACGGAGGGAGAACUGUACACCUUUGGUGAACCAGAGUGUGGGAAGUUAGGUCUUCCCAGAAAGCUGCUUGUCAAUCACAGAGUGCCCCAGCUGGUGCCAGGGAUUCCUGAGAAGGUGCUCCAAGUAGCUUGUGGCGGUGGGCACACGGUUGCCCUCACAGAGAACGCUGUGUAUGCCUUUGGGCUGGGACAGUUUGGUCAACUGGGUCUUGGUACUUUUAUUUUUGAAACUUCAGAACCCAAAGUCAUUGAUAAUAUUAAGGAUCAGAAAAUAAGUUACAUUUCCUGUGGAGAAAAUCACACAGCUUUGAUAACAGAUUUAGGCCUUAUGUAUACUUUUGGAGAUGGUCGACAUGGAAAAUUAGGACUUGGACUGGAGAAUUUUACCAAUCAGUUCAUUCCCACUUUGUGUUCUAAUUUUUUGAGGUUUAUAGUUCAGUUGGUUGCCUGUGGUGGAUGUCACAUGCUCGUUUUUGCCACUCCACGUCUUGACAUGGCAGAUGACAUUGAGUUGGAUGAAAUAAAUGAUUGUUGCUCAGCCUCAGCAACAUCUCUGCCCAUCAGUGAUCUGAACUCAGGAAAUGUGCUGCAUAGAUCUUUAUCCGCACGUGUGCGUCGAAGAGAGCGGGAGAAAUCCCCAGACUCCAUUCGAAUGACGGAAACACUACCUCCAAUUGAAGGGACUCUCGUUCCACCCGUUAGCUUUUCUACUCCUUCCGUUCCUUUCUGUAUGUCCACAACUAAUCUGCUAGAGAAAAUGAUGCCUGAAAAGAAGGACCCCACGGAGCCCAUGGAACCAGAUUAUUUUCAACAUAAAAUGACCGAAGAGAAAGAGACAGAUAAUUUUUCAGCAGAGGAUUCAGAAAGCCUUGGGAAAACUACUGAUGUCUUAAAUAUGACACAUAUGAUGAACCUGAAUUCCAAUGAAAAAUUUAAAUUAUCGCCAAUUCAAAAACAAAAGAACCAAGAAACAAUUGAGAAGCUGACGCAGCAUACAGCUUAUACUGAAAAUGUUGGUAGUAAUGAAUGUGAAAGUGAAGAGAUAUCCCCAAAAAUGAACGAAGGGAGAGCAUAUAAACAACUUUUGGCACAAGGAGUGUACGUGAUGCAAGCAGCUAUGACUAUGGAUGCAUUUGCAGAUGAGGACAUAGGUAGUGACUCAGGCCAACGUAAGCCUCAGGCCGACGCCAGUGGUGCAGAGACUUCACAAAAAGGGAUAUUUAGAUGUGAAAAUAAACCUGGUGUCUAUCCUCUUAGUAGUGAGGAAAUAGAAAAGGAAAAUGAUGGAGGACAAAAUCAGAAGGAUUCAGAAGCAGAAGAAAUAGUCUCUGAGAAGGAAACUGAUCUGGCGAAAAUGACAGAUCCGAAGGAAGUAAGAGAAAGUGAAGAGCAUAGACAAAAUGUUGAUACAUUCUUUGACAACUUACCAAAUAGAGACAUGAAUAUUGAGGAUGAAGAAAAUGAAAAAUUUGUUAAGGAAAGUAAAAGGAACAAGCAAGAUAUGAGCUUUGACAGUGAAAGAGAAUCUGUAGAGGAGCCAGACAGUUACUUGGAAGGUGAGAGUGCAAGUCAGCAGGGCACAGCUGAUGGAUUCGAGCAGCCCGAGUCAAUAGAAUUUAGCAAUGGAGAGAAAGAGGAUGAUGAAGUGGAAACUGACCAAAACUUGUGGUAUAGCAGAAAAUGUAUUGAACAAAGCCAUGAGGAAGAGACUGAACCCACAAUGCCCAAAUUUAUGGCAAAAUAUGAUUUUAAGUGUGACCACUUGUCAGAGAUCCCAGAGGAGCAGGAAGAAGAAGCUGACUUGGAGGGAAAUGGAGUAGAGGAGCAAGAGAGAGAGGCAAAUGAGGAGGAGGAAGCAGAACUCCUGUCAGAUGACCUUUCAGACAGACCAGAGGAUCAGGAAUUUUCAGAACAUGAAGAAUCAGAAGACGUGGAUGAGGAAACGGAGGACUGUCUAGAAGACAAGAAGAAAGCCAUAGGAGAUAAUAAAAGUGCUCCUAAAGACGACCACAGUGAAACCCCCAACAGAUCAAUUAAAAAGGUAUUGACAGCCAUUGAAAAGGGCCAAAACGCCAACCAAGAGGAACGGGCCAUUCAUGAAUACAAUGAAAAUCCAAAAGGACACACACAUGAUAGUGCAAAGAGCAUUUCUUCAGAAAUCCUGGAAGAUAGUGAAUCAACGCCAAGUAAAGACAUGAAAAAAUCGACGAAGGUUUUCCUCUUUAAAAGGAUGUCCUUGACAAGUCAGAAAAGUAUGGAGAAUAUUGAGCCACUCCCAGAAAUAAAACCAGUAGGAGAUCAAAUAGCUUUUAAAAGAAAUAAGAAAGAUGCCAGCCAGAACCACAUGGGGCAAAAUCAUCAGGAUACCUCACCCCCAAAUAUGGCGAGAAGGUCAAAAUCUUGUACAGUACUAUGAAUGUAUAUUUAUGCUUUCCUGAUCACCAAGCACAUCGUAAUUUAUACUUGAAAAACGUUUGCGUUCUGAAGGAAAGUUUCUGAUAACAAGCUUAAUAAGCUUUUAAUGAUAUAACUUAAUAAUAUGUUUUAUUUGGUUUGAAUAUUACGACCUGUUUUGAUAUUUAUUUAAAUGCUCAUAUUUUUGACAAGCAAUUUCAAAAUAUGUAUAUCUCAAACUCUCCUUCAAGUGUUGUGGCCUUAACUGUUCAGUGUUGCAAUAUAAAAUAUAUUUUUAUAUGUGAAAGUUAAAUUAAGAUAUUUCAUCAUUUUUACUAAACAGUUUUACUUCUUUAUAAUUUCAUAAGGCAAUAUUUGCAGUCUCAUAACACUGUAACAGUUUUUAAUGUAUUUGCAAUUUUCAAAA